CACUGUCUGACACCAAAAAGUAAACACACUUGUUUUGAUCUGUCAAAAAAUCAGGCGACUGUGGCUAAGCUAGCCAUUCCCAAAAAGGAUUUGUUUGCUUUGUGACCAAACUGCCAAUGUAAAAUGUUUUUUUUCAUUGACGAACACGGGGAUAUUUUCGUGUAGUCGUUGGUAUCCUUUUUAAAGAAGGCUGUUUUUAUAUUGCGUUACAUCAGCUAACAGGCUAGAUAAAUUAGCUUACUUGCUAAUAUUAUUUAACGUUUAAGCUGACAGUGUAGUGUCAGGUCGACAGAAGGGCAUAUUUAUGUAACUAUACCCUUUAGGUUAUUUAUUAUAGCUGGUAGACUAGUACAACGCGUGUAAAACUUGGCAUACAGCAGUAUCCUUAAAAUAGACACCGUAACCACCCCUCUGCUAGGUGUCCAAUUUCCUCUUUCUGUAUCCUCAAUCCGGAAAGCAGCGUUCUUCGUAACAAUUAUGGGAAGAAACAGUUACAAUUAUAAAACUAGAUAGAUAAAAGAGAUGAAGCCGGAACAUCCGUACCCUGUCAUGGCUGAGCAGGGACAGCUGAGCCCGACAGGAGGACGCCGGGGCCGACAGACCUUCAGGAGCUCAGCCCACUUCCGCAGCCUGCUGGACGGCCUGCUGGCGCUGCGGCAGGGCGCCGUGCUGUUCGACGUGGUGCUGCUGGUGGAGGGCCGGCCCAUCGAAGCCCACCGCAUACUGCUGGCUGCCUCCUGCGAUUAUUUUAGGGGAAUGUUUGCUGGAGGCCUGCGGGAGACGCAGCAAAAAGAGAUCCCCAUUCAUGGAGUCACUUUCAUGGCCAUGACAAAAAUACUGGACUACAUCUACACUUCGGAGAUUGAGUUAGACCUGGAGUGUGUGCAGGAAGUCCUGAUAGCUGCCACGUUAGUACAGCUCGAGGUUGUCACUGGCUUCUGCUGCGAUUUCCUCUUCUCCUGGCUGGACGAGAGCAACAUUUUGGAGGUCUAUAACCUGGCAGAUCUGUACGGACUGCAGCAGCUCAGUGCCAGGGUCCACUCCUACAUGCUCAGGAACAUCCAGACUCUGUCCCGCACCGACGUGUACCGACAGCUCCCCCAGGACGUGGUGUUCAGCGCGCUGAGCAGUGACGAGCUGCAGGUGAACAGCGAGAACGAGGCGUACGAGGCGGCGCUGCACUUCCACUACAGUCCCCUGCAGGUGGAAACUGACCAGGUGUACUUGCAGGUCAGUCCUAAGGACAAUCUGAAGAUGAUCGAUGCUGUGCGUUUCUGCCUGAUUGAGAAACAAGUGUUGAAGCGUCUGUACGGCAGACUGAACCAGUGUCCCCUGAAGGACUGUGUGUCCUCCGCCCUGCGGUACCAUGAGCAGGAGGUCUGGCAGCCCGUCCUGCAGACCCCCCUCACCCAGCCUCGCUCCACCUUCCACUGCAUACUGGGGUUCGGGGGGAUGUUCACUUCCAGCUCCCUCACAGACAACGAGCAUUUGUUCCAGGUGUUCCACCCCAGCUGGGGUGAGUGGAGGACCCUCACUGCAGACCACGGCCCCCGCAUGUCCAACCAGGGCAUCGUGGUGCUCAACAACUUUGUUUAUCUGAUCGGAGGAGACAAGAACACCAGUGGGUUCCGCGCAGAGACCCGCUGCUGGAGGUACGACCCUCGUCACAACAGAUGGUGCGCGAUCCACCCUCUGCAGCAGCAGCAUGCUGACCACUGUGUCUGCGUGAUGGGCGGCCAUAUUUAUGCCAUUGGAGGACGGGACUAUAGCAACGAAUUGGAGUCAGUGGAGCGCUACGACCCACACACUGACAUGUGGGAGUUUGUAUCACCCCUGAAGAGAGAGGUUUACGCCCAUGCUGGAGCAGUGCUUGAUGGGAAAAUGUAUAUCUCAUGCGGGCGCAGAGGGAAUGCGUACCUCAAAGAGACCUACUGUUUUGACCCUGGGGCCAAUCAUUGGUCAGCGUGUGCUGAGGGGCCGGUGGAGCGCGCGUGGCACGGCAUGACGGCUGUCAACGGACGCAUUUAUGUGAUUGGGGGGAGCAACGAUGAGCGUGGGUACCGGCGUGAUGUCCUGAAGGUGGGAUGCUUUGACCCUGAGGCCAACUCUUGGUCUUUAAUGUCCCCCCUCCCCGCGGGACACGGAGAACCGGGCAUCGCCGUGCUGGACAGUCGCAUCUACGUCCUGGGGGGCCGCUCUCACGACAAAGGCAACAGGAUGAAAUACAUCCACGUGUUCAACAGCGACGCAGACGAGUGGGAGGGCGAGGCGGACUUUAAGGAGCGGGUCUCCGGCCUGGCAGCCUGCGUGGUGCUCAUGCCCCCCGCUGUCAUCGCUCAGGCCCGGAGCUGGGAGCAGCGCACCAAGGCAUCAUGGGAAGACGUGGAAAUGGACAACUCGGAGGACUCGAGUGAGGACUGAAGCAGCUGUUUGUCUGAGCACUGGACGCUAUCAUGCACUUUUUCUUACACAGCAUGUUAAAGUACCUGGGGGGGUUUUCUUUGCGCAGCAUCGGGUCCUUCCUGCACGUCGAUCACUGAGUGCCUCUGAACCAAAGAGUCACUCGGGACCUUUGCACACUGUUUGUUAUUUUGCAAAUAUCUUUUAAGAUAAUCAUGCUCCGCCCAUGAAUCACUGUCACUAAAAACUCAUUUUUAGAUUUUCCUUGUAGCUACCUUUUUAUUAGCUCUCUUUAUUUGUCAUAGAGAAAACCUCAAUAUCUUAAAUAUACAGCAGGCAGUCAAGACCACUGGCUGUGCAAUAAUAUGCUAAUAUAUAUAUGGCCUGAAUUGGCUUUAGACUUCAGAUAUUUACAGCACUUUUAAGCUAAAUUGUUAACCACAGAGAGUUCAAAAAGACUUCUCAAAUAUGCAAACUGUAAUUCUUCUUGCAGCUUCUGGUUAUCGGCAGAAACUGAAAUGAUCUUCUCAUCCAAACUACUGAGUAACCCUUAGGUUGUGCCUUGUUUCUGUGGAUCCUCAACUUGUGUUGUGUAUUAUUUUUAUGUUUCAAUAUAAUGUGUGGAUGGAGUUGAGUCUUAGUUGUUGUGCCUCUAGCAUCGUUAUUAGUUUAAAUAAUGCUUGAACAUGACUAGUGAACGCUUCCAGGUUGUAGAGUGCAGCUCACAAUAUGCUGCCAUGUCUGUGAAUGAUUCAGGGAGUCUUGAUUUGUGUGUGAAACAAAGUCCUUUUGAUGAUCUUCCAUACUGUAUAAAUGAUUCUGGUACUGAGUCCAAAGAGCACAAUGAGGAGAGGUUUGAAAAUAUUUCCAUCCACUCAGUCCAGCUUUGCUCCAUGCCUCAGUUCUUUCGGUACGCUGUUUAUUACAAACAUUAAGAAGCUUCUGUGAAUCCUUAACUUCUGUCAUUAAAAAACUCCAGGUGCGAGUCUGUUCCUUCUGAAA